CAAUCGUUAUUAUUGAAGACAAUAUAAAUAUCAAGUAUGGACAUGUUCUUACCAUAUUCGAAAAAAAUUGCCCGCGCCUCCAUGUUUGUUUUGCUUAAGGAGAAUUUACUCAACUCAAGAGCGGUCACUUGUGACAAGUGCUAACGGUGGCAUCAUAUCCGAUGUGGAAACACUGGGAUAUCGGAGGUGGUAUAUGACGAAGCGGUUCGAAAACAGGAUGAACUGCGUUUCGUAUGUAUGAGGUGUCGUCACUACGAUACCUCUCAUGAUGACAUGGAUGUAGAUGAAGUUGUCCACGUACUGCGGGUGCCUGAUGCACCGACGGACAUCAAAGCAACACAGGCUGCUCUGUUGUUGCACGAAGAGUCAGGAAGUGGGAAUAUUAUGGACGCGGUGGGAGCAGAUCACUCAACGUCAAUGUUUGACGUUAGUCGCCCUGAGCGUUCCAUGGAGUCGGAAGAUGAGACUGACCUCAACGAUGAAACCGUCCACGAUGUCGUACUAGAUGGAACACCUACAUACACUGUUUGUGGAUGGUGGUUCCAAGAAAGGUUCGCGGAAGCUAGUAUCCAGUGAAGGCUAUGCGUUUGUGUUGAAGAGAACCCUGGUCUCUGGUGUGCCCGUGCCACCCAAGGGCGUUUGUGCGCGGCUUGGAACCGCUACGGGAAAAAAGAGAUUAGUACAAGUGAGCUUCUGAAUGAGUGCUGUAGACUGUAUGGACCUGUGUAAAUGUGUACGUGUGUUUGUUUGUUUUGCUAGUGUGAACGAUUGAG